GGCGCCCAAUUAUUGACGCACAUAACGGCGUUGUUAGUAGAUACGCCAAGGAAAAUAAUUUGAAAGAUGGGAAUGUGGUAGCUCCUUCUAUGGAGAAAUUCUUGGCUAAAGUGAUUCGGAUGGAUGAAGAGAUUGGGUCUACAUAUACUG